AUCCAGGAGGAGCUAAUUAGCCCUUCCCGCCGUGACUGUGUAAUAGUGCGCAUGCGCACUGGGCUAAUUCCAGCCAUUUUUUGCAGGAAACUAAUUAGCAGGAAUAAAGACUGAACGGUUUUUUUCUUCGGUGUCGUCAAACACCGCUUUCUCCUCUUCCCUCUAACCAAGCCAAGUCGUCUGCGUUACAACCAAAUACUCGUUUUUUUUGUUGUUUUAGUUUUUUGUUUGUUUGUUUUUGUUCUUAAAAAGGCUUUAAAAACCGUAAUACGGAUAUACCUCUUUACUCUUUACUAUAAUAAGCUAUAAGCUAUCUGACCAAAUGGAAGUACGCGAAUGGGAUGUAUGAAGGCGGCGUGUGAAGCCAGAGGAACGCAGACGUCGAAAAAUGUCUGGAUGGGAUGAGAAUGUCCAGUAACUGGGAGGAUGGAGUGCUGUGACUCUGUCUCAGAUGACGGAACCUCUGGCCCUUGUAUAAACCAGCCUCCAGGGAUCUGCAGCCCACCAUCUUCCAUGCUACUCCUCCUACAGAGAGAAAACACCUCUCAUCUGAACACAGCCAGCCCACCCAACCAGGGUGAACCAGAGUGGAGGAAAGAAGUGAAGGGGCAAAGCAGGGGAGAAAGGAGGGCUUUUGGAGACGCACAUGAAGGGGAAGAGGGGAUUGAUAAAAAACAGGUUGAUGAUUGUGCUGUGGGUGACUUUGUAGAGCAGAGAGGAGAUACAGGAGAAAAGCAUAAUGAGGGUGAUGAUGAAGCUGAUGAGGUAGAAUGCCAGAUCAUCUACCAGGAUGAUGGUUCUGCUUACAUUCUGGAGAGCCAAAGUCAGCUGCAAUGCAGCGUGGUUCCAUCCUCAUCUCGUCCACUUUUUGUUAACACAUGCCAUUUCUCUUCUUCCCAAAGCUCUACCUUGAAAAGCUUCCAUGUCUUCCACCCUAAGAACUGGUGCCACCUGACUGGUGAUAUUCUUGCUUUGCUGACCUGCCAAUCCAAAGAUAGAGCUCCUGCCAGGACGGGUUCUUCUGAAGCAGAGCUGGCACUGCUUGGCAAAGAUCAACCCGUCCUGGUGUGCUUUUUAUGUCGCCUGUCAUUCAGUCGCAUAUAUGCUUUUAGAGGUCAUGUUUCACAGCACCACAAUAUCAUGCUUACCACAGAGGAACAGCAGUUGCUCUCACUCCAGCACACCUGUGCCAUCUUGCAGUUUGUAGGUCCAAGUAACCACCCACUCCUAAGCUUCCUAGAACCAAAAACUAGCAACGUGCCAACCCAGUUAACAACCACAGCUUUAGGGCACAAUAUGGUGGCCAUGCUAAGUCAGGAGGACAGGGAGCACCUCCAGAUCUCUGAGCCAGGACUCCCUCUUCAGCCCUCUCUACCCAGAGUCCCCCUUCCUACCUCAGUGCUGAGCCCUGCCAAAGACCCUUCAACCCUGGGCAGAGAGGGCCCACAGAGGAGCAGUGAUGAUGGUGGAGGUAGCAGAGAAGGAGAGGAGAGGUUGAGUUCAGAGGUAGUUUCCACUGCAGAGGAUGGUGCGAGUGGUAUUAGCAGCAGUGGUAGACAAGGGCACAUUACUGACCCGGCUCUUUCAAACCAAAGCAAUCCCAAAUCUCCCAACUCUGUCACAGUAGCAACCAGCUUUAUGAACAACACCAAAUCUCUCACAGACUCUGAGUUAGAGUGUGGAACAAGCUUUAACUGCCACGGCCCUGCUCCGGUAUCCUCUACUGUGCAAACCUCGUCCACGGUCACUACUCCAAAAGAUUUUUCCAACCAAGAGAGUGCGAUGGAAAUAGAACCAAAUAACCUGUCAGAGAAGGGCAGUGCCAUGGCAAAAGAACCAAAUGGCAAGCUGUGCAAUGACAACAUGCCAGAUGUCACUAACUCUGACCUACCUAGUAACCAUAGCAAUUCUCAGUCGCCCACUGUCAACCCUCCUCUGACCCAGACUAUCAAAUCUCAGUUUGAGGAUUUACAGGUGGAUGCUGGGUCUAGAGGAAGUUUGUCAGCUGGGGGUGAGCAAGAUUUUGUUGUUGGGCAGGACACUGUCCAUGGAUCUUCUUACUCUUUUGGGGGCCAAGUAAACAUGACACACUCGCGCAACUCCUGCAAGACGCUGAAGUGCCCCAAAUGCAACUGGCACUACAAGUACCAGCAGACUCUCGAGGCUCAUAUGAAAGAGAAACAUCCAGACUCUGAGGAUGGACAGUGUCCAUAUUGUGCCAGUGGGCAAAACCACCCACGCCUGGCUAGAGGGGAGACUUACACCUGUGGGUACAAGCCUUUUCGUUGCCAGGUGUGCCAGUAUUCCACCACCACCAAAGGCAACCUGAGCAUCCACAUGCAGUCAGAUAAACACCUCAACAAUAUGCAGAAUUUGCAGUCACAAACACGUCCAGAUGCUCCAACAGUCCAGCCUAACCCCCUGUCUCACACGCACUCCACCCAGACCCCCUCCCCAUCUCCUUCUAAAGUACAGGGACGUGCAUCAUGGCGGUGUGAAGUAUGUGACUAUGAAACCAAUGUAGCGCGGAACCUUCGCAUACACAUGACCAGCGAGAAGCAUACACACAACAUGCUCCUUUUGCAGCAGAACCUGGCCCACAUGCAGCGCCAUCACCGGCAAAAUGCUGCCGAACUCUACCCAUACUGCCAGCCCCAGACCAGGCUUCCCGACCCCACCAGUGUGAUACAGCCAGGUGGAGAAACCAUGCAGGAGUCUCCCCGGAAGCCAGGAGAAGACCCCCCAGAAGCACUGUUUGAAUGUGCACUGUGUGGUCAUUUCUCCUCAGACAGCUUGGUUGCACUUAGUCAGCACCUGGCCACGCAGCGCUCGCUUCCUGAUGCUGAUUGGAGAGGCACAACCGGUGACGCCCACCUUUGUCGACUUUGCCAUUAUGCCACACCUCUGAGGGCCAACUUCCAAUUGCACUGCCAAACAGACAAGCAUCUGCAGCGCUACCAGCUGGCAGCACACCUUCAAGAAGCCAGCAGACGCCAUGGAAACCCAGAGGAAGAGGAGGAGUGGAUGCUCCGGUGUGUUGCUGCUGGUGUCCAGGUGCAACUAAGGUGUAAUGCAUGCAGUUACGAGGCCAAUAGCAUGGAGAAGCUGAAACUACACACAAUGAACUCGAGACACAAGGCCAGCUUGAAACUAUACAAGUACCUGCAGCAGUUUGAGGGUGCCGUGUCUGAUGGUGGCUCUCUGCACUGUGUGCUGUGCGAUUACUCCACCCAAAACAGCCUCAGUCUGGUGCAGCACGCCAAUUCGUUGAGCCACCAGAGAGGGGAGGGACUCCUGAGACUGCAGCGAAUCCAGAACGGCCUCCAGGAUGAAGAGGAGGAGCUGAGUGCCAUCUUUGAGAUCAGAAAGAAUCAUGCUAAAGAUAACGGAGACGUGAAUGAGAUGGAGUCACCCGCUGAGAUUACCUCAGACCAGGCGGACCAGACCAAACAUGCAAGCAAAGAGGGGGAGAAAAUGGAAGCACCCAUGCAUGGAGAUAAGAAACAAAAUGAGCCGUCUGUCAGUCCCAAGCGCUCUGCGUCUGGAGACAUGGAUGACUCCAUACCUGCAAAACGCCCUCGCACGCAGGAAGAGUUCUCCUCAGAGCAGGUCCGUCAGUGCCCGUUCUGUCGAUUUUGUCACAAUGACCUCGGCCGUCUGAGGAGUCAUGUAAUGAUCCAGCAUGCUGUGCAGCCCACUCUCCGCUGCCCGCUGUGCCAGGAGACACUGCGCAGUGUUGCUCUGAUGCGCUCUCACCUCACACACCUGCACAGUGUCACUGCAGACUGCACGCAGAAACUCAUUAACGCGGUGAUUGCUUCAGAUGUGCUGCCGGAGAAGAUGUUCCUACCAGUGCCAAACUCUAAUACCCAGCAGACAAAGGCAGAUUCCAGCUGCAAUGGAAUAAAAAGACCUGAUGAAAAAGGUGAAGAUGAAGAAGAGAGAGUGAUCGCAUGUCGACCAGAGAUAGCAAAAACGCAGAAGCAGCCCUUAGAAGAUGCCGAAUCCACAAAGGAAAACACUGCUGCAUUCCCUUGCUGGCAGAAAGGCUGUAACAAAGUCUUGACAUCAUCUAGUGCCCUCCAAACGCACGUCAACCACUUCCACAGCCAGAGACUUCAAAUGCCAAUUUCUGAUCGCCAUGUCUACAAAUACCGUUGCAGUCAGUGUAGCCUUGCCUUUAAAACUGCUGAAAAGCUGCAACAGCAUUCUCAAUACCAUGCCAUCAGGGCUGCCACUAUGUGCUGCCUUUGCCAGCGCAGCUUUCGAACAAUACAGGCCCUGCAGAAGCACUUAGAGACUGGUCAUCUUGAGCUUAGUGAGAUCCAGCUGCAACAACUCUGCGGCAGUCUGUUGAUGACUGAAGACCUCUUAGCCUCUGAAGACCAAGGACUUGAUGAAGAGCAAGGAACCUUUGAGGAGGAAAAGGUGAAAGAAGAUGAAGAAAGUGACCAGGAGGAGAAAAUAAGCCCACCUGACAGUGUAUUGAGUUUAGCACAAGAAGAUGCUGAACUGAAUCCAAAGCCUUCAGUUGUGCCUCUGAGAAAAGGGCCAAACCUCUCAACAGAGAAAUUCCUGGAUCCAUCAAGACCUUUCAAAUGCACCGUGUGCAAGGAAUCUUUCACACAAAAGAACAUUCUCUUGGUGCACUAUAAUUCUGUCUCACACUUGCACAAAGUGAAGCGUUCAGUGCAGGAUUCUUCAGCUGCCUUGCCAGAGUCUGUCAGCAGCAGUGCUGACCACAAACCCUUCAAAUGUAGCAUUUGCAAUGUAGCGUACAGCCAGAGCUCCACCUUAGAGAUUCAUAUGCGAUCUGUACUACACCAAACCAAAGCUCGUGCAGCCAAACUUGAUUCAUCAGCAGCUAGCUCAACUUCUGUUAACCCUUUGCUUCGUAAAGUAGUUUCAGAUAAUGCAACAGCCAGCUCCCCUACAGUUUUGAAGCCAACAAAUGCUAUGAACAAUGCAACUUCUUCAGGUCUUGACCAGCCUCAGUUAAAGCACCAACAGAGCAAUGAAUGCAAUAUUAUAUCUUCAAGCCAAACUCUCAGCAUUUCUUCACAUUCUGAAGAGAGUAAAAAUAAACCAGUAGAUGUAAUGCCAACAACAAAUCAGCAUAAAUUAUUACAACAGCAGCAAUUACAGCAACAACAGUUAGUACAGGCUCAAGCACAGAUCCAGCAGGAGCUACAAAAGAAAGCAGCUCUUCUUCAGUCUCAUUUGUUUAAUCCAGCACUUCUUCAUCAUUUCCCCAUCACAACAGAUACUCUCCCUUCACUGCAGCAGCAACAGCAGCUUCUGCUUCCAUUUCUUAUCCCAGGAGGGGAGUUUCAGCUUAGCCCUGAGCUAAACCUAAAAGGCUCAGACUUAAACCUUAGCAAAGCAAAGCCUGUAGCACCUGAAAAUUGUUCUGAGCCAUCCCAGCAGGAUAGCCUUGUAUCUUCUUGUAAACAGCCACUGAACGGAGUUGCAGCUAGUACUUCCCACCAGUCCGUGUCUCUGACUCCUGAGGACAAUGUUCCUGUUCCUCAAAAAGCUGGUGGACAGAUACUGAACGCUGAUUCUGAGAUUCACAAAGGCAUGAAUGGAAACAGUAAUAAAGAAACAAAGGAGUUGCAUAAACUCACCUCACACAAUAAUAUUGAUGAUAUCAAAGCACAAGCACAAGAAGAGGUUGAGGAUGAGGUUGAGGAUGAGGACAGUGGAGAAUUCUUCACAGAUUUAAUUCCACCAAGGGUAGCUCAUGAUGCACCUGGAAAUGUUUCAAAAGCUUUGCUGGAAAACAUAGGAUUUGAGUUAGUCGUGCAGUUUAAUGAAAAUAAGCAGCAGUAUCAGAGAACUCAGACUGAGGUUGUGCCAAAUGGACAGACAAGGUUCAACACCAAAGAGGUGCAUCAUUUAGACUCUGUUGGGAAGCUAGAGUGUGAAUCCUGUGGGAAGCAUUUUUCAAAUGCAUUGAUACUAAAGAGCCAUAAAGAGCAUGUUCACCAAUCUAUUUUGCCAAUACAGUCAGUAGAGAAAUUUGCCAAAGACUACAGAGAACAAUAUGACAAGCUUUUUCCUUUUGCUCCUUCAACUCCUGACGCUUCUCCCUCUUUGUCUUCCCCUCCUUCACCUCCACUCCCUCCAACAGAUCCAACUCAAAAGAAACCUGUGGCAUGCAUUCCUGCCUCCACAACCACAGUUACUCCCCCUCCUGUCUCAACUCCCCAAGUCCCAUUAGCUCAAAUCCCCUUACCCAUUGACUUGCCACUUUUCCCCCCACUCCUCAUGCACCCCAUUCCCCUGCCAGCUCUGCCCCCUCAACUACCUGUACAUCUGCCACCAGUCGAGGCUGGUCUCACAUCUGACUUAGCGCAGCUUUAUCAGCAGCAGUUAACUCCUGCUAUGUUGCAACAGCAAGGUAAAAGACCUCGAACCAGGAUCACUGAUGAUCAACUAAGAAUUCUGCGGCAGUACUUUGACAUCAAUAACUCCCCAAAUGAAGACCAAAUCCAAGAGAUGGCCAACAAAUCUGGCUUGCCAAAUAAAGUUAUAAAGCACUGGUUCAGAAACACACUGUUCAAGGAGCGCCAGCGCAAUAAGGACUCCCCGUACAACUUCAGUAACCCACCCAUAACAACAUUAGAAGAUGUCAAAGUGGAUUCCAGGCCAUCCUCACCUGAACUUCAAAGACAAGAGUUUUCAGGAGGGAAGAGGUCUUCAAGGACCAGGUUUACUGACUACCAGCUAAGGGUCCUUCAAGAUUUUUUUGAUGCAAAUGCUUACCCUAAAGAUGAUGAAUUUGAGCAACUCUCAAACCUACUCAACCUUUCUACUCGUGUCAUUGUGGUGUGGUUUCAAAAUGCCCGUCAGAAAGCCAGGAAAAGCUAUGAGAACCAAGGAGAGGGAGGAAAAGACAGCGAGCGCAGAGAGUUUUCUAAUGACCGGUAUAUCCGUACUGCCAACAGCAGCUAUGAGUGCAAGAAAUGCAACAUGGCGUUUCAACGCAUUUUUGAUCUUAUCAGUCAUCAAAAGAAAGUGUGCUAUAAAGAUGACAGUGAUGAAGGAUCCUGUCAUCAAAACGAGCUUUUAUUGGAUCCUAAACCUUACAGCCCACCCGACACUUCAAGUCUCAAUCCACCACCCUCCAAUUCUAACCUCUCAAACUGUACUGAGCUAAGCACAGAUGGAAAGUCUACUGACAAAGAGCAGCCAGACCCUGACACUGUCUCUGAUUCCCUUACUGAGGAUCUUAAACCGAUAACAGAAGGAUCUUGUGGCCCUGAACAUUGUCUUGAAAAUUCAAAGCUUGAAGCAACGUAUAAACAGACAAAGUGUCCUAAUGAAGAGAAUAAACAAUCAUGCUCUAAAAUUCGUUCCCCAUCCCCUCUGCAUCAACAGCAACAGACUAACCCAUCUAUGACCCAGACAAGCCCAGUUCCAUCGCAAAUGAGUUUAGCAAGUCCUUCUUCUCAACAACAACACCUAAGUCCAGCACAGCAGAUGACUCCUUACCACUGCAUUCAGUGCAAAUUGAGCUUUCCAUCUUUUGAACAUUGGCAAGAACAUCAACAGAUGCACUUCCUUGUUGCUCAAAAUCAUUUUGUUCCUCCACAGUUCCUGGACCGCACCAUGGAUAUCCCACUUAUGCUUUUUGACUCAACUAAUCCUCUGGUGGCAAGACAGGUACUUUCUGGAGCUUUUCCACAGAUCUCGCUCAAUUCACCUACAACUUCAGCCAUUCCUGACUCAACUAUAAACUCCUUGAAGAGGAGACUUGAGCCCAAAUCAGGAACUUGUGCUGUGGAAAAUGACUGGGAACACAGCGGAGAUGAUUCCCAGCGGGACAAGCGAAUGAGGACCACCAUCACCCCAGAGCAGCUUGAGAUAUUAUACCAGAAAUACCUCUUGGAUUCCAAUCCAACACGGCAAAUGCUUGACCACAUUUCCCAGGAAGUGGGUCUCAAGAAAAGAGUGGUUCAAGUGUGGUUCCAGAACACUCGAGCUCGUGAAAGGAAAGGCCAAUUUCGUGGUCUGGGUCCAGCUCAAGCCCAUCGACGCUGUCCAUUCUGUCGUGCGCUAUUUAAGGCACAAACUGCCCUUGAUGCUCAUAUACGUUCACGGCACUGGCAUGAAGCAAAGAAUGCAGGAUUCAGCCUGGCAGUAGCUGGUAUGACCCAAGACCAAGAGGGAUCUCAAAUGAAAAUGGAUUUGUUCAAUUUUUCUAACUCUUCACAGAUGCCAAACACAAGUGAUGGGCUGAAUGGUCCAGACUCCCCAACUUGCAACAAAAGCAUGGAUCUGUCCUCACAGGAUCCUAGUCCAAAGCCCCUAAUAAGUGGAGGAGUGAAUGACUUAGAAGGGUCAUCCACCUCAGUCCAACAGUCUUUUGAAUGUGGCAACCUAGAUAACCAUAAAGGUACUUCUAUGAAUAUAGUCCCUAAUGGAACCAUUACUGAUGAAGAAAAUUACUCUGAGGGAAAACAGAAGAGCAUUGAUCACUUGUCCUGUAGUUCUGAGAGAGAGGCUUCUUCAGAAAGUGAAGACAAGAUGUCCUCAGGGCUGGUUAGCCCUGCAAUGAGUUUCAAUGCAAAAGAUUAUGAAAAUGAUUUGGUCUUGGAUUAUAGUGAGAACUCAAGCUUAGCUGACCCUGCCUCCCCAGGUCCUGGAGGAUCCAACAGUCAAAGCAUAGACAAUGAUAGGCCUGGUCAAAAACGCUAUCGCACUCAGCUAAGCAACUUGCAAGUCAAAGUGCUCAAAGCUUGCUUCAGUGACUACAAAACUCCUACCAUGUUGGAGUGUGAAGCCUUGGGAAAUGACAUUGGGCUUCCCAAGAGGGUAGUACAGGUGUGGUUUCAGAAUGCACGUGCCAAGGAGAAAAAAGCCAAGCUCAGCCUUGCCAAGCAAUUUGGCACAGAGAGUACGUGCACUGAAAGGCCCAAAACCGAAUGUACUCUGUGUUGUGUUAAGUACAGUGGCUGUCUGUCUGUGCGGGACCAUGUCUUCUCCCAGCAGCAUCUUGCAAAAGUAAAAGAGGCCCUAGGGGGACAAAUAGACAGAGACAGGGAAUUUGUAGAUUUUGCAAGUGUUUGUCAUCUGAUGACUGAACAAGAGAUGAAUAAUCUAAAAAAGGCAAAUGAGGUCAUGGCAGUUGUCCAAAUACAGUCUGCAGAGAGUGCAGUGGCCUCCAGUCACACUACCCCUCAGUAUUCAAACUUACCGACCACUGGUUUACCAGGGAAUGGCAGCAAGUCGUUAUCAAGCUCUUCUUCAACAAAAUCAGAUCCCAUUGAUCCCCCCUCCAAUGGACUGAUCAGCAAGCCUAACAUGUCAUCAUCUUCAUCCAUGUCAGCUGCCAUUGACAAAACCCCAGUCAGCGCAAAAAACUCUGUCUCACCCCCAAAGCCUGUAGAGUCAGAAUUGCAGCUCCAGUUGUCUAAAGAGAGCAACUCUGAAAAUGGCGUGAAUUCCUCUGAAAAGCUUGAAAGGGCUUCCACUGACAGUGCUACUCAUUCAAACUCUUCUAUCAGUAAGGAAAAACAAGACCAAGCUGCAUCUACACAAGCUGCAUCUACACCAAAACCUGUUAAGGACUAUAACAUUGAUCCGGGUCAGCUCCAGGCUCUGCAAGCACCAGGGAACACAGAUCAGCCUCCCUUGCUCCCAAAUCCCCUCCUGCCCUGUCUUAUGCCAGGAUUCCCUCCAAUAUUCUCUCCACAGAUUCCCACAGCUCUCACUGGAAGCUUUCUGCAGCCCAUGUUUGGUAUGGACAGCAUGUUUCAAUAUAGCCCAGUCCUGCCACAGGCUUUAAUGGGUUUGUCCCCAGGCACCAUUCUCCAACAAUAUCAGCAUAAUUUGCAGGGUGCACUAAUGCAUCACAGGCUGCAGCUCCAAAAAAAACAACUAUUGCAGCAAUCACAAAAACCAAAAGCUAGCCAAAUCUCUACUACAACAUAUUCUCAGGACAUGGCUUAUAACAAAGACCUUGUCUUGAACUUAUCCAAACCAGAAGAGAAGCAAGCCAGCUCAGAUGGAGAAGGUUCCUCUUCCUUCUCCUCUGGCAGCACUAAGCAGCUGGAUGAUAGCUUCCUUAUCAGCCAAUGUAUUGUCUCUAAAGGGACAUCUAGAGAAGGAGGUAAGGAUGUAUGUCUAUAUGACUGCCUUGCUUGUAAAAUCUCUCUCAAUGGGAAGGAAGAGCUCAACCAGCACCUGGAGUACCGUCAGCACAGACAGAGAGCAGUGGAGCACCUGAAUGCCAAAGAGCAUGCCUCUCACCUCUUACCUCACGUUAGUCCCUCAUCUACCUCGCAGCCGAACACUCCCAGCAACUCAACAGCCCCUUCAAAAUCUCUGCCCAAGCAGUCUACUUCAGAGAGUCCUUCUGCCAUCUCCUGCCUGUCCAGACCAACAGAUCAGCGUUCCCAAACUCCAUCAACUUCUACAGCUUUAUCUGGGGCUGCACAAUCUGGUUGUACCCCAGCUUCUCCUUCAGUACAAAUUUCCUUACACUCAACUGUUACCUCAAGCCUGAAUGGCAAUGUAAUUAGUUUAAAACCAACAGACUCUGCUAGUGGGUGUUACACCAAUGAUGGAGCAGCAGAGGAGAAAAAGUCCACAUAGUAGCCAGAGGCUACAUGCAGACUAUUGCAGUUAUAGCUGUAAUUUUAUCUGCCUUGCUGCAGACUUAUUGUGUUGGUUAAAAAAAAAAAGAGGAUGACUGGAAAAGAAAACGUACAGUGAAAGAAGAUAACUGGAGAAAACAUGAAACAAGAACCUAGUGAUAGUUUUGAAAGACUUUUAAAACGGACUGGAUCCUGUAGGAUACGUUACGUUUCCAAUGCUUGUAACCAAAAAGUGUCUGUAGAAUGUUUUCUCACGUCAAUAUGCUGGUCAAUUUAAACUUGAGAAUAUGUAAACACUGUUUGGAAACUGAAGUGUGCACAGCUAAGGACUGGAGUAGAACCUAAGAUGGUUUUAUAAUUACCUAAUGACUAACUAACCAAAAGUCUGUUUGUUCUUUUUGUUUUAAAUACACUUACACAAAAAUGAGUUUUACCAUCAUUUACGUGUUAAAAUAAUGUAAUAUUGGCUCACUAAACUAAUGUAAUGUAUUUUAAUGUUGUCUACUCUCAGGUCAACAUGUAUUCAUUUUCUGCUACUGAACAUUGGUGUUUGAAAAAAGUAGUUCCGAUGCAUACCAACAGAAAAAAAAUUUGAAAUCCAAAAAAAAAAAAAAAAAAUUGUUAGUAUUGGAAAUGUUAUAACCUGGUUUGCAUCAUCAUUGAAUCUUAGAAAUGUUUUCUUUUUUAUAUUGGACAAGUGUUUGUCCAGACACAAAGAGUAAUGCAGACUUUAAUUGUGAGCAAAAGGAUAGAUUUUUAUGGUGGGGGGGGCAUUGUGUUAAUGAUAGAAACAUGUAUUGACAUUUUGGUGUUGCGUAGAUUGUUGAAUUCAAUGACUUAAGUGUAUGGUAGAUUUUCAAAAGAAAUUACUUGUAUAUUUAAUUUUUGUACCUUCCCAGUCAAAGACACUUGAGGUUGCUUCCAGCCAUGCCAAUGUUAAAAUUUACAUAUUACCCCUUCUAAUGUAGUUCAACAUUGUUACUGUACAACCUUCCCUCCUGCACUGAGCCAAGUGAAAAGACCAUAUCUGUAAAUGAAUUUCUGUCGAUGCAGAUUUAAGAAAUAUUCUUUGUUUGGUUGUCUUUUAAACUUCUUUAAUUUGUGCACUUAAACUUUUUUACCCUCUUUACUGUAACUCCCUCUUUUUUUACUUUGAAAUGUAGUUUCUUACUCCUCUUUAACAAUGUAUUUUUUUUUCUGAAUGUUUCUGCACUUGCCAUAUAUGGUGACAACAACAAUAAUGUAACUGAUGAAUACAAUAACUCACAGUAUUGCUUUAAUGGAAAAUCCAAAGAUAAAGUACCAUUGGUGCAUACAAAUGAUGGGGAAAACUCUAUAUUUGAGAAAAAUAUUACUGUUUUUAAGGAAUGGAAACCUUUUUAGAUGAUGGAGCCAGCUAGGAGAAAACUGUUUAAACUUAGAACAUUUGUGACCUCGUAUAUAAAACAAACCGAAAAACCAAAAACCCCGAAGCCUCUUUGCUGAGGGUAUGGGACAGAACCGUAGUUCAGCCAUUGCAGUUUGUAAAAUAGAUGGAGAUAGUUCACUUUAAUGUCUCCGUGACUGGCCUGUCAUUUUUGUCUGUUUGUUUAUCCUUUUUUUGUUUGUCUGUUCUACUAAAUGUAUUGGGGUUUAUUUUUGACGAAACACAGUGUGCUGCUAAUGUAGUUUUGUAUUGACACUAAGAUGCAUGCUUGAUUUCGCUUUUUGCUGAAGCUUUAAUGACUACAGACGGUAGCCGGAGCCCCCGUCCCUUCAUCUCGCUGCAGCUCUGCCCACACACUCCAAGACUACUGUGAAGACUGUGAAUAAAUAUCCAUGAACCAUGUUCUUUUCUCCUCUUCAAAACAACCAAUGUUAAAACUGAACCAACAAAUGUUUAAAAACCAAUGAUGUUAUAUUUAUACAAAGUUUGCAUUCCAAAUAUCACAUUGUUUCAAUUGAUUUUUUUUCCAUGUUCUCCUGAGUAGGGGAGCAUUCCAUUUACUCUCAUAUCUGAGUCUGGACUUGAUGUGAAAGACUCUUGUUUACUGUAUGUGCUCCUGGGAAUGUUGUUACUGUUGCAAUUGCCAAAUAAUGUACAUGUUCAUUAUGCACUUGUGUUUAUCAUGCGAGUCGUUGGGCUAGUGUCUCUCCCGUCCUCUCUUAUACCAAGCAUUCAAGUUCAAUAAAGUCUGUUUCAUUUUACUAGA